AUUGCUUCUAAAGGAAAGAAGUAUGGAGAAAGAUACUGGUUAUACUAUCUGUCUUCAAAAGGAGAAAACAGAGCCAGUGCUAGUGCCACUGCAGAAGAAAGCUCAUCAGAUAAUGUCCUGCUCAUCCAUAUGGCAAAGACUGCCAAAAGAAAGCAAGUGGUGUCUCCCUCCAUUAGUAUUGAAGCACCACAAAACCUUACCUUGGCAUGUUUGGAAGAAGAAGAAGAAGUCUCUGACCAUGGAGAACUUCAAAGGAAGAAAAAGAGAAAGAUCAACUCUCCAUCAACAUCUGGAAAUGUCAAUCCGGAUGAGUUGAAGGAGAAGGAAACUGCUGAGAAAACCUCUAUUCAAAACCGGAGUCCUCAACAGUUUGAAGAAGAAACUCCUCAAGUCCCAAGCCUUCCAACCCCCUCAUCUCAGCCUCAUACAGAUGAUGCUGAUAACAAAUUCUGGCAGCUCUACUAUAAUUGGAGAGCUUGGAAAGUUGGAAAUUCAGAAGAGCAACUGUUGGAUUGGGACCAACAGCUGAAGAAUGAGAAGAUUAUCAAGAAGUGCUUAGGUAUUACAGUCAACCACAAUUGUGAAGAUAUUUUGAAUGAUUACUGGGUAUGGCAAAAGAACCCAGAAGACCUGCAUAUGGAAUACCUGGCCAACACACCAGUUUCAGACUGUGAAGCAGAUGAUGAAGACACUGCUGUCUUCAAGCCAGUCUUCACUAGAGCCACAGAAGAACAAAUGGCUCUCACCUCUGAAGUAAUAGCUGUUUUGGAAGCAACAGCUGAGGAUUUCCCUAUCUUUCUGGAAACCUCACCUGCGUUUGAAAUGGUUCUGACUGAAACUGUUCAAGAGAAGGCAGCCUCUCCCCCACAAGAGCAGAACCAGGAAGCAACUGAAGAAGAAGAAUUUCAGCGACUAAUCCAAUCUCAAGUGCUCGAGAUCCUUACUACUCCUUGUGAGAUCUCCAAUCAGACACAACUUGAGAUUCUGGAAAAGUCAGCAGAAAUUCCGGAACAGUCAGCUAUUCCAGAAACCAUGGAGAAAGCAGUAGAAGUCCAAAGGCACUCUGGAGAAGCUGAGAAGGAAACUCAGAUGGCAGAAGUGGAGGUCUCUCAAACUCCAAUAGCCAUCUUUGAAGAACCAA